CGUACCAGGCCGAGGCCUUAUUCAUCGACAAAGACAAUAGGCCAUCUUCGAUUGACGCAUCUUCCGUCAGUUUUCAUUAUACACCGAGCAACGAUACGGAUCGGGUGUCGUCGCUCGAAAAUCGGGGCCGCAAGUGCCCGCUGUACGAUUAUAUCGUUUGUACCGCAAUAAUUGCUCGUCGACAGAACGUAGGUUUCAGCAAUGAGCUGGUUUAGCCUGGCCCUUCUGGGCAUCACGGCACUCACCGUUGUGACACCGUUUCGCAUAACAAAUAACAGACAGAAGCACGUGCCACCUUCCGAUGUGUUGUCUUUCCAACGAGGUGCCGUCGAACGACCGCCUGAAGUACCAAAAAAAAUAACCGACCAAUCGGAAUAUGGGGCAAAACAAUUACCCUUAAGGACUGCCGUUGAGGCUCCGCCAGAUAUAAUUGGCUCUAAAUCGCUACCGUUGAGGGCGGCUGUUGAAAGUAUUCCACCAGAACUGAGCAGAAAAGUGCCAUUAAGAGAUUCUGUUGAAUAUCGAGUGGCGCCUUUCUUUGGCGGUCUGGAUCAGGAUUCCAUCUGGAUUGAACGCCUUACACCACCAUCUCUUCGCGAUACAAGGGCCUCGUCGCAUGUUAUAUGUCACCUUGAAACCGAGGCUGCCUAUAGGCAAGAACCCUUUGCCUUCUUACCUCAAUCGUUACCAGAUCGCAAAUGCAGUCAUUUAAUCUAUGGUGCUGCUACUUUGGAUCCCCACGAAUUGACGGUGGUUCCCCGUGAUCCUGAAUUCGAUGAGAUCAAAGGUGGAUACAAAGCAGCACUGGGAUUAAAGCAAAGAGAUCCGGCACUUAGAGUGCUGAUAUCAAUAUCUUCGCCCGGCAGUGGUAGAGUGUUCAGAGAAAUGGUACACGGACAAGAAUGUUGCCAAACCUUUGUCAAUUCUGUCCUCGAUUUCCUGGAGGUUUACAAAUUUGACGGAAUAGAAAUUGACUGGGAGGGUGCAACGAAUGCAGAGAUGAGAAUGUUGCUGAGGCAGUUGCAGGACCCGAUGAAAGAACGCGAUCUCAUGCUAGUCGUAGCUGUCAGGCCCAAUGAUCCAGUAGAUGCAGAAAUUUCUGAAAUGUCGGAUCUUCUGAUCUUCAGGUCCUGGAGGGAUAAAAACUGGUCCAACGUCGCGUUACAUCCAGCUCCUAUCGGCUUCAUCAGCGAAAUGGUCGAUAGAUGGAUAAAGAGUGGGACAGACAGCGAUAAAAUUAUACUUGGUAUACCACUUUUUGGGAAUAGCUAUACUCUGAAGUUCAAAAACUUCACCGACGCUGGUGCACCGAUAUCUGGAUUAGGAUAUCCUGGAAAAUAUACAGGACAUCGUGGGACUUUGGCUUAUUACGAGAUUUGCGAAAAAAUAGAAGACGGAUGGUUUUAUGGAAGAGACGAAGAAGGUUCAUACAUCAAAUAUGGGGACCAAUGGAUAGGAUACGAUGAUCCUUUAUCAGUGAAAUUGAAGAUGGCAUACAUCGAAAAAAAACAACUCGGUGGAGUAUCACUAUGGGCUCUUGAUUUGGACGACUUCCAGGGCCUGUGUGGUAAUGCCUGGCCAUUACUCACUGCUGCUACUAAAGCUUUUGAAUUUUAUGGCACGACCUUGAGAAAGUGUUACGAAGAAGGAUUGUUUAGUGAUCCUAAUGAUUGCUCAGGAUUCCUAUCUUGUGAUAAUGGUGAACUAUCACGUGGAAGUUGCGGUUUUGGUAGAUUCUUCGAUGCAGUAACAGGCCUCUGCGUAAAGGCAUCACCUCAGAUUUGUAUCCCUGGUCAGACACUUCGUAUUUCUCAACCGGACUUGGAAUAUGAAAGAUUUCGUGAAUCGGAAGAAGUAGAGAAUCUGGAAAUGAAGCAAGGCGAGACGCGAGUUGUAUGCUACAUCACAUCUUGGGCUAUGUACAGAAAAGGCGAAGGAAAAUUUGUGCCUGAACAUAUAGAUCCGAGAUUAUGCACAGAUGUGGUUUACGCCUUUGCUGGUUUAAAUCCUGAUACCCUACUUAUACAACCAUUCGAUCCUUGGGCAGAUAUUGAAAAUAAUUUGUACCAAAGAGUCACUUCGAUCAAAGGUCCACGAGUGCUUUUGGCAAUUGGCGGCUGGACAGAUAGUUCUGGUGAUAAAUAUUCUCGUCUCGUUAGCAGCGGGACGUCACGAAGAAAAUUUGUAGCUGCGGUAAUAAGCUUCCUGCGACGUCAUAAUUUUAAUGGCUUAUCAUUCGAGUGGAAUUAUCCUCGUUGUUGGCAAAGUAAUUGCAAGAGAGGUAUGGAGUCCGACAAACCAAACUUCACAAAGCUGAUAAAAGAACUUAGAAGCGAGUUCGACAAACAAGUCCCAAAGUUGACACUGGCUGUUAGUAUAUCCGGAUACAAAGAAGUCAUAGACAACGCAUACAAUAUGGACCAAUUAUCAGACUUGGUAGAUUUUAUGUCUGUUAUGACGUACGACUAUCACGGUGCAUGGGAAACUAUAACUGGUCAUGUGGCACCUUUAUACCGGCUGCCAGGGGAUAAAUAUAUACAUUACAAUGUGAAUUAUACAAUGGAAUACCUCGUAAGUCUUGGAGCAGCAAGAUCUAAGCUCCUGGUUGGAUUACCCUUUUAUGGUCAAGCCUUCAGACUUUCUGAACCUAGCCAGUCAAGCUUAGGAGAUCCCGCUGCUGGGCCAGGUACAUCUGGCGAAUUCACAAGGCAACCAGGGAUGUUGGCAUAUUACGAAAUCUGCAAUAGGCUACAAAAUCAAAGGUGGAAAAUUGGCCCAGGGCCAAACGCACAUUACAAGGACCAGUGGGUUGGCUUCGAUGACAUAGACAACAUCAAGAUGAAGGGAGAAUAUAUACGGGACAAUGGAUUUGGCGGAGCUGCUGCGUGGACCAUUGACUUGGACGACUUCACUAACCGUUGUUGCCUGGAACAAUUUCCACUGCUGCGAUCUCUGAAUCGUGUCUUUGGCAGGCUAGUGACACCACCACCCGCUGAUGGUAGCUGUGAAAAACCAGCUGAGCCUGUGACUCCUUCACCGCCAACGCUAACAACUCACAGUGAUGCUAAUGAUGGAAAACCUCAACCAACUCGACCUAUGGAAACCACUACUACAACUACUAAAAAGCCAACGACUUGGCCCACUUGGACACAAUACACGAGCAGAAAACCAACAGUCACAACCCCAAGCAGUACAACAACAACGAGCACCACUACUACAAGUCAGCCUGAAAUUACAACUCAAUCAACUACAUUAGGACCGUCAACAACAUAUCCAUUAAUGGAUACAGGAGAACUGACACCUGGUAUUUCAGCACCAAUACCUGGAACGGAAUGCACACCCGGUCAAUAUUUGCCUGAUCCCAAAAAUUGUGGAACUUACUACAGAUGCGUAUUGGGUGAACUGAAAAUGGAACAGUGCGCACCGGGAUUGCAUUGGCAUGCUAAACGAGGCUUUUGCGACUGGCCAAACUCUGCAAAAUGUCAACUUGUAUCUACGACCACCGUCAAGCCAUGGUUUCCAUCAAAACGACCAGUACACAUGAAACCCUCCACUACAGGAUGGAAUAUUGAAACUGAAGCGCCAAAAAUUCCCACAACUACAACCACUACCACCACUACCACCACCACCACCACCACCACCACUCAAAGAACAACCACCACCUCACAAAAACCUACAGAAUCUUCACAACAGACCGAAUUGCCUGAAACUAUUGAACGCUGCGAGCAUGGUCAAUAUUAUCCAGAACCAGAUUCGUGUUCGCACUUCUUGAUUUGUGUCAAUGGCGUCCUCAUAAAUCAACAAUGCGGAUUAGGUCUAAAUUGGCACAAAGAUAAAAAUAUGUGUGACUGGGCGUACAAGAAUCCGUGUAAAACGGGUAACAAGAAAUAUGCUGCAUUAGUGAAGAAUACGGCUAAAAAUGCAUGUACUGCGGGAACCUUUACAGCCGUACCCGGAGAUUGUGAAAGUUACCAGACGUGUCUUUGGGGGCAACCAGAAAUAUUCCAGUGUGCCCCUGGCCUGCAUUUCAAUGCGCAAUCUGGUGCUUGCGAUUGGCCAUUCAAAGCAAAUUGCAAGGAAGAAGUAGAACCAGCUGAUCAAGCUCCUACAGAAGUUGCCAAUCUCCCAGGCAAGCCAACAAGCAAGCCGACCUGGACGAGUUCGACUACAAAUGAACUCUGGACACAAGUUACUACUCCAAGCACAACUCCGUUGCCUUCGGGAGAGGUGGAUCCGGAAAAGGUUUCACCACUAUCUGGCUAUUACAAGGUGGUUUGCUACUUCACAAAUUGGGCAUGGUACCGCAGAGGCGCAGGUCGCUACCUUCCGGAGCACAUUGAUCAUACCUUGUGCACACACAUAGUAUACGGAUUUGCGGUUCUGGACUAUUCGAAUCUUAUAAUCAAGGCACAUGAUUCUUGGGCAGAUUUCGAUAAUCGAUUCUACGAAAGAGUAGUGGCUUAUAAGCAACGCGGACUAAAAGUAUCAUUAGCAUUGGGUGGCUGGAACGAUUCGGAAGGAGAUAAAUACAGCCGUCUGGUGAACAGUCCGGCUAGCAGAGAAAAGUUUGCAAUGCAUGUGGUACAGUUCAUUGAAAAGUAUGGGUUUGAUGGACUGGAUUUGGACUGGGAAUACCCUGUUUGUUGGCAGGUUGAUUGCAAAAAAGGUCCAGCCUCCGACAAGGCAGGUUUUUCAGCACUGGUGGAGGAGUUGAGCUCGAUCCUACGACCAAAGGGCUUAUUAUUAACAGCUGCAGUGUCACCGAAUAAAAAAGUCAUAGAUGCAGGAUAUGACGUACCAGUUCUAGCAAAAUAUUUGGACUGGAUAGCAAUAAUGACUUAUGACUACCAUGGACAAUGGGACAAAAAGACUGGUCAUGCAGCACCGCUGUACUAUCACCCAGAUGAUGAAGCUUACUUCUUUAAUGCAAACUAUUCAGUUAAUUACUGGAUAUCUAAAGGAGCACCGCCGAGAAGUCUUGUUAUGGGCAUGCCACUGUACGGACAAUCCUUCUCCGUAAAUGAUCCAAAAGCAGGCGUUUCUCUAAAUGCGCCAGCCAGUGCUGGCAAUGCUGGAGAGUUUACCAGAGCCGCUGGAUUUUUGUCAUAUUAUGAAAUUUGUGAUCGAAUCCACAAUCGUGGGUGGACUGUGGUGCAAGACCCGCAGCGUCGAAUGGGACCCUAUGCUUACAAAGGAAAUCAGUGGGUCAGUUUCGACGACGCCGAUAUGCUCAGACAAAAAUCCCAGUUUAUUCGGGACAUGAAUCUUGGUGGAGGCAUGGUUUGGGCUUUGGAUCUUGACGAUUUCAGAGGAAAGUGUGGAGAAGGAGCUCACCCCUUGAUGCAUACUAUCCAACAAGUACUAACAGACCCACCAAAUGAACAUGACAGACCCAUUCAGCCUCCAGCCUUUGGCGAGGAACUCCAAUGGGAGAUUCCUACAGAAACAACAGACAUUGCAAAACCCGAUACACCGUCAAUAUCCCCCGAACCACUACAUGCAACUAGUAAUGAGUUUAAAGUGGUCUGUUACUUUACAAAUUGGGCAUGGUACAGACAAGAAACUGGAAAAUAUCUUCCUGAGGAUAUUGAUCCCGAUUUAUGUACGCACAUUAUUUAUGGAUUCGCAGUUCUUGAUACAACAAGUCUGACCAUUAAACCGCACGAUUCUUGGGCUGAUCUUGACAAUAAAUUCUACGAGCGAGUCGUUGCAUUCAGAUCCCGUCGCGUCAAAGUAUUAUUGGCUCUUGGUGGUUGGAACGAUUCGGCUGGAGAUAAGUACAGUCGACUAGCCAAUUCUGCUGCUGCCAGAAAACGAUUUGUCGCCCAUGCCACACAAUUUGUUGAAAAGUAUAACUUCGAUGGGUUGGAUUUAGAUUGGGAAUAUCCUGUAUGCUGGCAGGUGGACUGUGGAAAAGGCCCAGCUUCAGAUAAGGAAGGUUUUAGUGCGCUUCUUGAAGAACUGAGUGCUGAAUUCAAACCUAAAGGUCUUCUCUUAUCGUCAGCUGUAUCACCAAAUAAACGGGUGAUUGAUGCAGGCUAUGAUGUCCCGGUCCUUGCUAAAUACUUGGACUGGAUAGCUGUAAUGUCAUACGAUUACCACGGACAGUGGGACAAGAAAACAGGGCACAAUGCACCCUUCUACGAACGGCCUGAUGACUGGGAUCCUACAUUCAAUGCUAACUUCUCUAUUCAUCACUGGAUGGCAAAAGGUGCACCAGCUAAGAAGUUGGUCAUGGGUGUUCCUUUUUAUGGUCAAUCAUUCUCACUGGCAGAAAGUAAGGAACGAGGUCUAAACGUACCGACCUAUGGUGGUGGUGAAGCAGGUGAAGGAACGAGAGCCAGAGGAUUUUUGGCAUACUACGAAAUCUGCUCACGAACGCAGCAACGGGGAUGGACUGUAGUGCAAGACCCAUUAAGGAGAAUUGGACCGUAUGCAUAUAAGGGAGAUCAAUGGGUCAGCUUUGACGAUGCACAACAACUACAACUAAAAGCAGAUUUCAUCAAAAACCUUGGACUGGGUGGUGGCAUGGUCUGGGCUCUAGACUUAGAUGACUUUAAAAACGAGUGUGGUUGCGAACCAUACCCAAUGCUACGAACGUUGAAUCGAGUGUUGAGGAACUAUCCUGACGGACCAUUAUGCUCCAUCGCAGAAUUCGUUGAAACUGAAGAACCUCCCUCGGUUACAUCAUCCCCUAUGAAGCCGCCGUCAACACCUAGUUACGAACCUCCUCGGCCCACAAAACCUACUUACAAACCUCCGCAGUCGACAAAACCUAGCACAACUUCACGACCUAUUUAUGUGUCCACGACUGAGAUUGAUGAGUCGAUUGAAAUUGAAGUCAUCUCAUUACCAGCUCCCCCGCCACCAAUUGGAGAUUGCCAAGGCGAGAUGUACUUGCCUCAUGAAAAAGAUUGCUCCAAAUAUUACCUCUGCAAUUUCGGACAGGUAACAGAGCAAAUGUGUGCAGGAGGUCUUCACUGGAAUAAGGAUCAUUGCGAUUGGCCAGAGAAUAGUGAAUGCAAGAAAAAGCAACAAAUUUCAACAAUAGAGUCUAACGUACCUGGAGAAGCAGAGUCACCAGCUGUAACACCAUCUGCACCAAUACCAGUAAUUUCCAACGAAAAACCUUCUAACGUACCCGAAGGGCCAAUCAUUGUCGACAGGCCUAAUGCAGGGCAGAAAAAAAUGGUUUGCUACUUCACAAAUUGGGCUUGGUAUAGGCCUGGAAUUGGAAAGUAUGUUCCAGAAGACAUCGACACAAACCUGUGUACACAUAUUGUGUACGGCUUUGCUGUAUUAGACACAGAAGAACUGAAGAUUAAGACGCAUGACUCUUGGGCAGAUAUUGACAAUGAGUUCUACCGCAAGGUAACAUCUCUAAAGGCAAGAGGAAUAAAAGUGUUGAUAGCAAUUGGAGGCUGGAAUGACUCAGCUGGAGACAAGUACAGUCGAUUGGUCAACAAUCCGGAUGCCAGAAGAAAGUUCAUAAUCAAUGUUCUGAAGUUUAUUGAAAAAUACGACUUUGACGGACUUGAUUUGGAUUGGGAAUAUCCCGUUUGCUGGCAGGUGGAUUGCAACCUUGGACCAUCUUCUGAUAAGGAAAGUUUCGCAGCUUUCCUUCAAGAAUUGAGCAACGAAUUUAGACCUAAGGGACUCUUACUAUCUGCUGCCGUAUCCCCAAGCAAACGAGUUAUAGAUUAUGGCUACGAUGUACCAGCACUGGCUGAAUAUCUAGACUGGAUUGCUGUGAUGGCGUACGACUAUCACGGACACUGGGAACGUAAAACAGGUCAUGUCGCUCCGCUCUACUACUAUCCUGGCGACGAAUUCGACUACUUCAAUGCCAAUUACUCAAUGAAUUACUGGAUAUCAAAGGGAGCACCCCCAAAUAGUCUUGUUAUGGGUGUACCACUAUAUGGACAGAGUUUCACUUUAACUAGCGUAUCAAAUAGAGGAUUGCAAUCGGCUGCUUCGGGACCGGGCCAAGCUGGUGAAUUCACACGAGCUGGUGGUUUUCUUGCUUAUUAUGAGAUAUGUCACAAGGUGAAAAACGGUCGUUGGACAGUGGUCAAAGAUUCUGAGGGACGACUAGGGCCAUAUGCUACAUCCGGAGAUCAGUGGGUCAGUUAUGAUGAUAUUGUUGAAGUCACAAGAAAGGCAAAUUUGAUACGAGAUCUAGAUCUUGGAGGUGGCAUGGUCUGGGCAUUGGAUCUUGAUGACUUCACAAACCGAUGCGGAUGUGGAAGAUACCCACUUUUAACUGCACUGAAUCGUGCUUUACAGGGAGAAUCGAAUCAGGCCCACGAUUGCGUUUAAGUAUAUUUAUUUCAUCUGUAUUUAACAGAUACAUAAUAACUAUGACAAGGGAGUAUCAUCUCCGAGGAAAUGCGUUUGAUAAAGUAAGUUGACGAAGCCUUUGAUUUUCCAAGUAAAACGAAUUACCUCUAAGCAUCAAAUUUACUUUUAAAUCAUCUCAACUCAAUUCACAUGAAAUUCUAUAGAAUUUCAUUCUUUUUUUUUUUAUUUACGUAAAAAUGACCGUUAAGACACUAUUAAUAUCUAGUUAAAAUAUAAUUUGCACUAUGUCUAUAAGAUUGUGAGGAAACUCUUCCGAGUGACAUGAUUUGAAUUGCUCAAAAUUAUAUACAUAUGUAACAUACAUUAUUGUAUGUAACUCUUAUGCAGACACUAAUUGUCAUGUCACCUGAGAAGAAAAUAUACAUGGAUUGCUGGUGAUUAUGAAUGUAGUGAUAAUAAUAGUUGAUAAUCUACUAUAUCCUAGCCAUAAAAAUUCCAUACUUUUACAUAGUUUGUAUAGUACUUAAUAAAGGACUGCUAUUUUUA